ACCCGUGAGCUGUCCCUGUUGCUUAUCUCUUCAGCUUAUCGAGUGGGACUAUCCAGUUGGAUAUAAAUUCCGACACAACACUCCUCACUCCUCAGUGCAAUCCAUCGUAGCUAGACACCGGAUCGAAGACACCAAUAUCGCAAUGGCUGCCGCCGCUACCGUCGCCGCCGUUGCCGGCUUGUCGGGUACCGCAGCGUUGCCGCUCGACGGACGCGUGGCCAUCGUGACCGGUGCGUCACGCGGCAUCGGGCGCGCCAUCGCGGCCCACCUCUCCUCCCUGGGCGCGAGCGUCGUCCUGGGCUACGCGUCCAGCGCGGCCGAGGCCGACGCGCUCGCCGCGGAGCUCCCGCGGGCCGUGGCCGUGAGGGCCGACGUGUCCGACGAGGCCAGCGUCCGGUCCCUCUUCGAUGCCGCCGAGUCAGCCUUUGGCUGUGCCGCGCCGCACAUCCUUGUUGCCAACGCCGGCGUGUUCGACGACAAGUACCCGUCCCUCGCCGACACCACCACGGCGGACUUCGACCGCACCUUCGCCGUGAACACGCGCGGCGCGUUCCUCUGCCUCCGCGAGGCCGCCAACCGCCUGCCCCGCGGCGGCGGCGGCCGGAUCGUGGCCGUGACGACGUCCGUGGUUGGGUCGCUCCGGACGGGGUACUCUGCCUACACGGCGUCCAAGGCGGCCGUGGAGGCCAUGGUGCGGACGAUGGCCAAGGAGCUCAAGGGCACGCGGAUCACGGCCAACUGCGUGGCGCCCGGGCCCACGGCCACGGACAUGUUCUUCGCCGGGAAGAGCGACGAGACCGUGAGGCAGACCGCCGAGACCAACCCGAUGGAGCGGCUCGGGGAGGUCCAAGACAUCGCGCCGGUGGUCGGGUUCCUCUGCACCGACGCCGCUGAGUGGGUCAACGGGCAGGUCAUCCGGGUCAACGGCGGGUACGUGUGAUGUUAAACUGUUGGCGGGAGCUUCUUGGUUGGCUAAAGAAAUAAAUCUGAGAAUUGCGAUUCGUGAUUUGUUCCGUAUAAACGAUGUCAGACCGAUUGAUGACAAUAAUAAAUUGGGGCUGUCUAUGAGUA